UUCCUUUUGGAGCGCAUGCGCGCUGCCGCGGCGUCACCCAGUUCUCCCCCUGGAAGGACGGACGUUGGGGCUGCGGGUGAGUCGGGUCGCCCUGGUGAACCGUGUUCGGGCUCCCCCGGCUGCUGCCGCCGCCUGCUGCUUGCGGUCCGUGGGCCUCGGGAGAAUAUAACUACCAUGUCUUCCGGAACUUUGCCAAAACCUCAGAUGCGCGGCCUUCUGGCCAGGCGCCUGAGAUUUCAUAUUGUUGGAGCCGUACUUGUCUCGCUGGGGGUUGCAGCUUCCUAUAAGUUUGGUGUAGCUGAACCAAGAAAGAAGGCAUAUGCAGAUUUCUACAGAAAUUACGAUUCCAUGAAAGAUUUUGAGGAGAUGAAGAAGGCUGGUAUAUUUCAGAGUACAAAGUGAUCUUGGAAUGUAAAGAUUCCUUUGGGUUGAAUUCCACGGAAGUUUGUCACUGGCCUGUAUUCCUGAAUUCUAUGAAACAUGAAUAUUUGAGCUAAGGAAUAGUUUCUCUUGAUAAAUAAACAAUGAAAUACUGUGGACAGUAA